AUGGAUUGUGGAAACCAGUGCUUGGAAGCAGAUGCUUUUCAGAAGGAAGAUCAUAUGUCACAGCAGACUGCCAGUAACCUGGCAAACAAUGUACCAUCUUCCAAUAUAAUAACUGAGAAGGGCAUGCCUUCUUUAUUCACAGGUUGGGUUGACAACACCAAUGAAUCCUCAAGCAAGCAGUGUCCACUUUUAGACAGUUCAGAACCCGGUGGUAUGUUCGGCAACAAUAAUGUCUCAACAGAUAACUUGGGCCAUAACAAAGCUUUUGAGAAUGCAGGACAAUUACAUUACUUGGCCAGCUAUGAUGUCUUUCCUCAAAAGCUGGCUUCCAGUGUAAUCCCGUCUGGAAUUCUUAAUGCAAGUGACACCUCAGAAAUGUUUGGUCCUCCUCUCCUCCCUGCCUCAGAGCCUGGGAUGAACCACUGUGCUACCACCUACAAAGAAACAGAACAGACCCCAGGGCAGAAGGACCAGGUGAUGAGACAGCAGAUGGAGCAACUACAAAGGCUGGUGGCUGAACAGCAGAAAAUCAUUGCACUUUACAACCCAGGCUUUUCUGUUUCUCCUGGGAUACCUUCCCACCUAGUAGCCAUGAUGUCACCCCUCCUGUGCUCUCCGGCUACUUUCAUUCCUGUACAGUCACGAUCAGAAAAUUCUUCCCAAGUCGAGAGCCCAGAGUGCUUACAGACCUCUUCCUUGGCAACGUCCUCUGCUUGGCAAAGCAGAUCCCCACUGUUUGUGCCAAAUGAGAGCAGUUCAGAAAUCUCAGGAGAGCACAUGCAGCUUUCAGAUUCAGGGAUAAGCACCGAGCCACAGUGUACUGAGAGACCCACAGAAAAGCUUUCCAGACAAGAUGCUCAAGAAGAGAACAGAAAAGAAAACAAAGAUAACAGUCAGUUUCAAGAAAGGAGUUUCCCUGACACUUUUUCUGCUGUCAAAGAAGAACAAAGUAGAGAACUAAAGGAGAUUCCUCCAUCUCCAUUUGGCACAGAGGGGAAGAUGAAGACUGGAAAGACACAAGACAGGCCAAUCACACCAGCAAUUGGUACUAGACAGAAGACUUCAGAAGAGUUUUUUGAAGAACAAUUUAAAGUAGAAAAACAGCAGAAACAGCAGCAGAGCUGGAUAAAAGUAACAGCUCGGAAGGCUUUUCUGAAACGAAAAGAAGGUAUGGUAAGGCUCAAAAAAAGUAAACAGAAGCCUUUAAAAGAAGACAGCAACCAUCCCAGAAGAGCUGGUUUGGACUGCUGGGGUAAUUUGUUCCAGCCUGGCCAAGGGCAUGCAGGGGAAUGCUCUCAAUUAAACCUGCAGGUCAGUAGCUCCAUGCAGAUGGGUACACAUGAAAACACAGCAGACUGUGCUUUAGCUGAAUGGAAGAGAAAGGCUCGAACUGACUGUGAAGCACAAGUAGUUAUGCAAAGUGCAGAAGACAACGUGAUUGGGAGAGAUGAAGACGCAAAGGAAAAUUCUGUUGACUUACCACAGAGGGAGUGGCCUGAAAUCCUGCUACCAUGUCCUGAAACAGUAACAGAAAUGAACAUACAAGUAGGUGAGGAAAGGGAAACUCAUCACAUAGAUUCUCCAGGUGAAGCAGGGAAAGCUGAUGGAAGAACUGUGGAGGGUACCCUGCAAAAGGACCUAGAUAGUGUGGAUCAGCAUCUGAAGGGUCAUCCCACAAAGGGAGCAAAAACUCCCAUGGAAGUCCUGCAAAAGCAUUCUUCACUUCAGGAUCUGGAAACGGAUUCCAUCACGGAGGCAGAGUGCAGUGCAAGCCCUGCAUUCAUACAGGUCCAGAAGUGGGUUCAGGUAUGUCCACAGGAACUUGUUUCAGGCAGCCAAAACUCAGAAAGCAAAAGACAAAUCCAUACUGGGUUUAAGAUGCUCAAUGGUAAGAUAGUAAAAAUUACACAGAGCUCACCUGAGGCUGUGGAGAAGGGAAGCUCAUCCUCAGCCUUGCAGCAGGAGUGGCAAAGGAAGGGGACAACUGCCUCAAUGUGGCAUGCUGCAUCUUUGUCCUGUGAGUCAAGCUGUUUUUCUUCCAACAGUGGUGAUGACCACAAACCUCAUCAUGCCCAGUAUCCCUCCCAGCAUGGGCCUCAGGGAGUAGAUCAUACUGAUGAACAUUUGGACCUCUCUGAUGAUGAUUAUGCUAGUGAUGAGCCCAGUGGAACCGAAAAAAUAUCUGUUAAAAAGCGCAGCCAAUCACUCACACGGAAGCAGGAUAUUCAAGCCAUCUCAAGACAAAAAGGUCUCUCCUGCAGCACAAGCAGCAGUGAUUCUAGUACUGGGGCAGUUAGGUUGAAAGGGAGCAAGGCUCAUUCCUCCCUUCAGCAGACCCUAUUUCAUCUCACAAGAUCAAAAAGGAGAGAGCAUGAGCCUGAAUCAAAGGAUGAGAAUAGGGCCCGGGAUGUCAAAGACCAAGCUCUGCUGUCCUCAACAGUGGCUUGUGAGAUUCCUGCUGUCAAGACCAAAGAAACUCCUGAAGUAGUUGAACCACAGAAAAAUCUGUUUACAGACACAUUAGAUGUCUUUGUAGAAGAAAUGCAGAAAAGCCUUACCAGAAGAUUAGAGACUGAUGUAUAUCCCAGAGGAAACCCUUCAAUGACUACGGUGGAGGAAGAACAAGAGAAAGCAAUGCAUUUUCACAGAACACGGAUGGACCAGCUGAAGAUUGUAAGGAGCCAGGAGCUGACUUGCCCUUUGGAAUACAAUAAAGACAAAAUUCACCCACUGGAGAAAGAAAAAAUUGCCCAUAGCAAGUUCAAAGGAACACCUAGAGCCAUUGGAGAAAAUGUGAAAUCAGAAGAAAUACAAAUAUUAAAGGAGCAGAUUGCAGGGCUGCAGGAGGAGUUAAAGAGAAAUGAGUCCUGCUGGCAUGCUGCCUAUGGCAAACUGAGAAACCAGGUUGAGAUGCUGACCAGGCAGAACAUGGAGCUUCGAGAUGAGCUCAGAGUUUCGGAACACCACAGACGGGAAAUGGAAAAAAACCCAGAAGCUGUGGAUUUCAUGGACAGAAAACCAGAGACUCCGGUUGCAGAAGCUAUUCUGCGAGAGACGGCAUCUUUAUCCAAACAAGAAGAAAGAUCAUGGAGAGAUAAUCACAGGAGCCACAGCAUCUCUCAUGUGAGGCCAAAGACAUCUUUGCAGAAGCACAGAGAUGUAAAUAGCAAAGCAAUUAAAAGCUCUGUGCAAAAGGCUGAUCCUUUGAGAUCAGUGACAAAAGAACAUCAAGAAAAGAAACCAUCCAACUGCUCCCUUGGCAGAAGCACAACACUGACUGGCAGGAGAACACCUCGCCAGGGAAGACUGACACCUUUUGAACCAGAAAAACUUGUACACCAGCCCUCUCCUAUUCAGAGAAGAACAGAUGAUAGCAAAUCACCUGGAGCUGUCCUCUGUGUGAGCCAUUUUAAGGAAUCUAACUCACCUACCCAUGUAAAAGGCAGAUCUUUGCCCAUUUCGGACAGCUCAGAACGCAUGCCCCUCACACAUAACCACAGCAAAAGCACCUGUAGCUUUGAACUCUGCAGUAGCAAUGAAGAAACAGAGGAAGAAGAGAUUCUUAAUAUUGAAAAGGUAGAAAAAUCACCAAAUCCUAAGAAUAAAGUGGCUUUUGUGACCACACGCAGAAGUGACAUGACUACAUACAAAAACAAAGUACCUACAGAGAGUUCUGCUUUUCUGGAUGCUGAAGCAAAGCCUCCAAAAUCAAUAUUAUCUAGAAGACCAGCAUUACAUCAAGAGAGAAGAAAAAGUGAGGAAGAGGUGCAGGAAAAAAUAGAGUAUCGUGAUGGAAAGGUAGAAGAGGUGCUUAGAGAUGGACGUCGAAUCAUCACUUUCCGCAACGGUACUAAAAAAGAGAUCAGUGCUGAUAAAAGGAUGGCAACGAUUAGUUUUUUCAAUGGAGAUGUAAAGAAGAUCAUGCCAGAUCAGAGAGUGAUUUAUUAUUAUGCAGAUGCACAGACAACCCACACUGCUUAUCCAGAUGGCCUGGAGGUACUGCAGUUCCCUAAUAGUCAGAUAGAAAGACAUUAUCCUGACGGCACACAAGAAAUUGUGUUCCCAGAUCAGACAGUGAAACGCCUCUAUAGUGAUGGAUUCAAGGAAACUUUUUUCCCAGAUGGUACAGUAGUAAAAGUAGAAAAGAAUGGAGAUAAAAUAGUGGUGUUCAGUAAUGGCCAAAAGGAGGUUCACACUGCACAGUUCAAGAGAAGGGAGUACUCAGAUGGCACUGUAAAAACUGUAUACUGCAACGGCAGACAAGAAACCAAGUACCCCAAUGGACGAGUUCGAAUCAAAGAUGAGGAGGGUAAUAUCAUCCUAGACAAGAAAUGAUUCUUCCUCUCAAAGGGCUGCACUGUGCAUAAGUAUCUCAACUCGUUUUCCCAGCAUGUCAGAACUGUCAGGAAGAUCUAAGGCUUGUGAAAAUGAAUGGAUGGAUCUGUAGGGCUUACAUUUACCUUGGUUUGGUGAUCAGUGCUCAGUUUGGAAUAACCUUACCUGAAUUAAGUGUCUCUUGAACAAGACUUGAAGGAAAGGCAGUCAUGCCCUCUUUGUGUAUGUAAUAUUAAAAUAAAUGCGCAUAGUACUUCUCAUUAAAGUGUUUGUUUCAUGAUACUGAUCACACUUUCCCUUGUUUUUCUGCUAGUUAAUUACAGAAGUGACUACAACUAAGAAGCAUGGCAUAAGAACUGCAAAUCUACAAAGCUUUUUGAAUUUCAGUUCAGUGCUGCCUGAUGGUGAUGAAUAAAUCUACAGCAAUGGGGUUUUUUUUUUUGUCAGUUAGCCAUCAUGAAAAAUGUGGAAGCGAUUCAUGUUUUCAGUUUCAUUAGGUUCUCUGAAUAAGAAGAUUCAAGCAUGCAUCAGGCCUUACCAUGAGCUGUAUGUUAAACCAAAACCUAAGCAGGAGUCCAGUGGACAGUCACACCUCCAGGUGUCUCUUCCAAUGUAAAUUAUUCAAUAAUUAUAUGAUCAUAACAUAAGAAACUGUCUCACGCAUGUGAAUAAAUAAUGUAAUGUUUAUUCCAUUUUGAUCACUAUUCUGGAUGAAAAAGUCUUUUGUUUCUCCUCCAGUGGUCUUUAUUCAGCCCUCCUCUGUGUUGCUUUGUUUUUCAAAUAACCUCUCCCACUACUGUCUUUAUUCUUUACAGUGGAAAAGUAUUUCUGGUCAGUGAACCUCUUCAGCUUUAAGGCUCUUUGGAUUGCACUUGAUAACUAGGAGGAUUAAUCAUUUAUUAGACACUGCUUUCAACUGCCUUCCCUGUAGGCUGUCUGUCUGUCAUCUGUCUUGAACUUUUCCAAAGCACUGAAGCAUUUCCCCUGUAGAGCUCAGCUCAUUACCUGCCCACUGACCAAUUAUCUCCUCAUGCCCUUCAAAUUCCUGUAGCCACAAACCCAGUUUCAUAGCAUGCUGCUUUAGCCGUUUCUCCCACCUAAGUGCAAAAUAAUCACAAGAUUAUGGAAUUACUCUUUCUUCUCUUCUGUUUUUAGUGGGUCAGACUGUCGACAAAUUACCAUUCAAAUUACAGAGCAUCUUUGGAAGAAAUGGAUUGAAUAGAGAAAGAAGUGUCGCUAAUAUUGAUCACUCACAUGCUGCAGUUUAUGAAUUUAUUUAUGAUGCUCUGAAAUACCAUGCAGUUUGAUGUCAGCUGGUGUGAUAAUAAAAUUGCAUUGUUUUUCCUUUACUCCCAUUUAACAAAGGAAUAAUUUAUAAACUUGUGUUUUUCGCUACUGAAAUAUUUAAUAUAUUUUAUGUGUUUGGUAAACGGAAAUCCUAAUUAAAAGAAAUCUAAGAGAUCAUUAUUUUUCAUGUGUUUCACUAAGAAUUUCAGCUCGGUGCUGUCAAAACAAAUCUACAUUGUUUUUUUCUCAAUUAAGCGUCAUAGAAAAAGUGAACAUGAUUAAUGUUUUCAGUUUGGUUGGGAAACUAGAUUUGAUACUAAUGUUUUCUAAAGGACCACUGUUUUUAUUCCCAGGAAUUCCAUUAUAAAAAAAAGGUUCCUGUUCUCCAGUUAAUAGUUGACAUUUUCUUUGUUUCCAUAGUAAUACAGAAAACAGGCUUUUUUUCCACUUUUAGCCUUAAAUCAGCAUUUGCCAUUCAAUAACCUGUGAUUCAAUAAUUUCCUGUAAUUGUAAAUUAAACCAGGAACAAUUUUGUUUGUAUGCUGCUUGCUUCUUACUUCAUUAAGCACUCUCAUGUGUACUUGCAGGAAGCAUUCCAGUUCUGGAAUAAUUAGGCGUGCUCUCCUGCACAGGGCCAACUGGGGGACAUGCGCAGGUCAGUCUCUAAAAUUGUUUGAAUGAAGUGCGUGCAAACACCUUGCUGAUGUGUGCAUUCCCCUUGCUGAUGCACGCUUCCAUCUCGUUAGCUCCCACUUACAGGGAAGUUGUAACUGUACAAAAGUAUGGGCCUGGUUCUACCUUCCAGCAGAUCAACAGAAAAACUGCAUUGGUGAAAUGAAAGUUUGAGGCUACUAAGGAUUUCUCAGUACUUUCACCAACUCGUGCCUGGCCACUUUUUUUACCAGAAUAUGUUUUUCCAGUGA